GUGAAAAGCCACCCAAGUGGAAGUCUCACAAGUAUCGGGCCAGCUAACGAUUCGCCAUCUCGAGUGAACCGCCAAGAGAAUUGUCUGGAUCGUAUACUCGUUACGAAAUGAAAAUUUAAAUAAGAAAAAAGUUGGAUGAGAUUGUAGUCAGGAGCAAAGCGGUGUUCGUGAAAAGCGCUCACACUGCGGGAGGUUGAACUUGGUCGAGUGUUUCAAGAGCUUCAUUCUCCAAAUCACUCUCGCGUGAUAAGGACGUUACCGAGUCGGAGCAUACGACGGGUUGCGUGCUUCUUAAUUUUCGGUCGUUACGUCGCAAGGAUAUGUGUUAUUGUGUUGAAUGCCGGUGGCGGGAAAUAUUUGUGAAAUUGAAUAACACCAUUCUGUGAUAAGAUUGAAAAUUAGUUUUAACGAACAAGUGAGAAAGAUUCACGGGAAGAUCUGAAGAGGUUUUGCAUAAUGUUGUGCGUUCCACAAGUAGAACACACUCACGGGCAUACCGGAAUAUUUAGACGAUUUAUUCAUGCCUGUCAUGUGAAACAGUGGAAGGAAAAAUGCGGCAUGCGUCGCCCAUCACUGGGACAGAACGAAGACGACCUGAGUCGUCUGACCACGGUGAUAUCCCCAACGACAGCCAGCUUAUCUUCGGCGCAAACGGAACCCGACGGAGGUGAUCACAGCGGAGGCUGCGGCGACAAGAGUAAUUACAAGAUCAACAAUCACCACCUUCUACAGCAACAGCACAGCAAGAAUGGCAGUACAAGUAGCAGCAGCAGCAUCAACAGCAGUACCAACAACAAUAACAACAACAACAACUACAGCUGUUCCAAUAAUUGCAAUAUUAGCAAUAGCAGUAGCAGCGCAUCGCUCGACGGAGCCUUACUGCCAAAUGUAACUAAUUCAUCUGAGUGGCAAAACUGUAGAAAACGCAAAGAACGGCAGGACAGUACGUCCUCCAUCAGCCAGGAUCGGAAACUGAUCCGAUCCAACAGCGAGGAACACCUUCCCAACUGCAAGGAGGUGAUCCGUCGCGUGUCCUCGCAUGAGGAUUUCAAGAAACCCUCGCCGCUGAUAGAAAUCAGCGUCGACAAGGAAAACAUUAUCGAAGAAUCUGCCGAAGAGCAGCAGCAGCUGGAAGAGCAGCAAAUUUUCGAGAAGAAUUUGAAAAACAGUUCGGAAAAUUUGAAGAAGUUUUUCAUCGGUAGUGAGAGUCUUUGUGCAGCCAGCAGGGACUCUACGGAAGGAAACUACCACUAUAAAGUUGAUGAGGCUCGUCACCAUCACCAACAUCAUUUGCAGAGCAAUCACCUGAGUCAUCACAACAGGAAUCGUCUCUCACCCAGCCGUGAUGUGCUGAAAAACCGCAAAGACUCGGACAGCGAGUUGGACGAAGAACAUGCUCGUAGGCGGCAUUGUGAGCGGUUUUCGAAGACCCGGCCACCACCCGGUCGCAAGUCGGUUUCCCCUCGAAACCGUACCAAAACGAUUAAGUACUCCAGUGGAAAGGAGAAAAGCGGAAGUGAGUACUUCUACUCGAAACAUGACUCACAUCAUUCAGUCAAGCAUGAACGCCGCGGAUACGGUAAGAAAGAAAAGACAGCGGAUCAAAAGACACCCGAGGCGGAUAUUGUCUCCGACUACAACGACAACACCGUCCUGGAGAAGGGCAAAGAAGAAUCUCCCCGAGAGAAACAACUUCCCUGGGACCAAUCCUUCCAGGACGAUACGCCGGUGGUUUGUCAACGUUUCGCCGAUCACAAGUUUGAGCAUGCAACGAAGAUGGCAACGUUCGGAGAAAUACGUAGUCUACCGCCGAAUGCCACCCUAAAACACUACGGAGGCUAUCGCAGUUCGGAACUUCAUCAAACCAAUCAGAAACCGAUCCCCCAGGCGAAUAACAUGUUCGACGACCGCAUCAAAACCAUCAGUCGUAAGCUCAGCGGCUUGAAGAAAAAGUUAUCACAAUAUGAGGAUCGGUUCGAACGGGAGAACGGUUACCGCCCGGCUCACGAAGAUAAGACCAGCGAUUCUUCGAUUAAGGCGGUCGUCGUUGAAAUCCACAAGUUGCGCAAGGAGAAAAUUCAAAUCAAAGCGGACCUAGCGGUUCUGAAUGCAAAGGCUGCCAAGGCAGAGGCAGCGGCAAGCUCGCAAGAAGGGGAAAGCAAGCUUUCCAAAAUGAAGGAAUCAAUCGCCGAUAUCGAAAAGCGUCUACACGAUAAGCGUGAAUCAGAGCAGCGCAGCGAAAACCUCGACAGCCUCUCUAGCGAUCAGUUGGUCGAAGAAAAGGCAUCCGUACAGCGGGCCCUUCUUUAUCUGGAAUCGAUCUACGGGCGUCCCACUAGCCGGGAAGAGCGCGAUGCCGCCCGCCCGCUUUACGAUCGGUACCGCGUUAUCAAGCGUUUGGUUAAUCGUGCCAACUCGAUCAGUGGGCCAUGUGGAGCCAACUCCCAGAUGCCAACCAUACUGGAGCACGAAGCGCUGGCCAUCGUGGGUACUACCACCCCGUCCACGGAUAUUUCACCACCUUCGGCCACCUCGAUGAUCCAAUCGCCCACGGACACCUCAACUGCUUCGACCGCUGCCCAGUCGACCGACGAAUCCGAAACGACCACGAGUUCCAUCACCGAAAAUAUUCAUUCGAUGACGGUUGAAGAGCUGUGGGAGCACUACGAUGCAGCUCGGGAGGAAAAGAAGGAACUCCGACGAACUAUCAAGGACUUUGAACAGAACUUCGAAGAAACCACCGGGCGUAAAAUGCUGAAAACGGAUCGCAAAUCCAUCGAAGACACUUACGCCUUGUACAAGCAGAAAAAGGCUAAACUUCGACUCAUUGAUGCUCUGUUCAAGAAGCAAAUGUCCGUAUAAGCAUUCUUAUUUCAUGCUCAUCAGUUUUCCAUUACACAAUUAUUGAAAUAGUAUCUUCCUUGGAUGUCUACCCACGGUCUCCUUGCUCCUACUUCAUGAUUCCCUAUUUAUUCCACCCAUUAAUCAAGUCGCCUUCAAAUAACUUAAUACUCCUAAACAUCAUAUACCGUUUUUCAUUGUUUCCCUCAAAACAAUUGAGAAAUAAUGCUUACCUCGCGUCCUUAUUAUUUUGUGUGUAUAUUUUGAAAUCUAUGGACUUGUUUAUUUUUGGGUAAAAGCAAAAAUAAGUUUAAUGAAACGUCGUGUCGACGAGAAGUAAAUGACAAAAAUCAAAUAAAUAAAAUUCUACAAAGUAUAAAAAGCAAAAUAAAAACAGAAACGAGUUGGUCCAAAAUUAUUUGGAAGAUCAAAAUUGAUUAUUUGUCCAAUGUAUGUUUGGGAUUGUUUAAAUGUUUUAUUUCUGAAUCGUCCGGUGUCUUAUCAUCUGUUGUUGAUCGAUUUAAUUGGGUAUCAUUCAUUGGUUUGUGGAUCACUACGCGUUAGCAUUAGGGAGGCUGCCUCCACGAAGCUUAAAGGCUACUUUAUGAAAAGAAGUGAUUUUUUCUGUCGAUGAAAAUACAGAGCAGUACAGCUUAAACAUAUACAAGUAAGCAGCAUUACGAAAAAGUACACAGAUUAUAAAGCAUAUUGAGGCAAAUGAAAGUGAACAACUGAAUAGAUACAAAACAUGAAAACGAAUCGUUUUGCUUCGAGCUAAAAGUGCAACAGUUUAUUCGAAAUAUUUACAUUUCAAAUUGUGACCUAAGCAAGAUACAUAUAAUGUAUUGGAUUUUUUGAGUUUAGCGUUUAUAGACAAAACUGCGAGAAACAAAUAAAGUGCAAACUUAUUGCUAUAAAAUGAUUUACAUGGCAUGGUACGAGCAUCAUUAAACAGAACACUUUUUAGAUCCAUGCUGUCUAUGGUAAAAGAAAACAAUUGACAUAUUAUACACUAACUCACAGCAAACAAAAAGAACAUAACCGUGCAUUAGUUUUUCGGUGUUUCAAUAAAUACAAAGCGUAUAGUUUCAUCUCUACAAGUUGUAGUUAAGAAGUUUAAAGAGCAACUAUUCAAAACCAUUACAGAAUCACAUAGUAAUGAAACCAAUGAAAUACACCCACGUUCCCAAUUACAUAAAAAAAACACUUACACAUGAUACAUAUACACAACACAUCGGACAAAUGUAUUUGUAGCUCUUUAAGACUUAUUACGAUGGAUAGUUAUAUUGCUGGAAGAUCCGAUACGCGAAAUGAAAUAAGAAAUCGAUAGGUUCUCAAAGAACGAUUUAUGAGUAUGUUUACUUAUUAUCACAUAUAAUUAUUACUAUUAUUAUUGCUAUUCUAUAUAACAACUAUGAUUCGGACUGCUCCACAAUAUAAGGUGCAUGGAUGGCAUUAUUAUAAUUAUUAUUAUUAUGUGAACAGAGAAGCAAAAAUCAUCGGAUCUGAUGUGAAUCGAUGCGGAAAGUCAAAGUAAUAAGGAAUGUGUGCAAAACUUCAUGUAGCAAAGCGAUUAUGAAUCAAUAAGUUCAAAAAUGAAGGAAUAAACAAGCAAAGUUACGUAA